AUCAUGAGGUGGAGAAAUCAGACCUUCAACUCUGAAUUUGUUCUGCUGGGAAUCUUUGAUCACAGCCCCACCCACACCUUCCUCUUCUCGGUGGUCCUGGGCAUCUUCACAGUGGCCUUCAUGGGAAACACUGCCAUGGUUCUCCUCAUCUACCUGGACACCCAGCUCCACACCCCCAUGUACUUCCUCCUCAGCCAACUGUCCCUCAUGGACCUCAUGCUCAUCUGCACCACGGUACCCAGGAUGGCCUUCAACUACUUGUCUGGCAAGAAAUCCAUCUCUCUGGCAGAUUGUGGAGCCCAGAUAUUCUUUUAUGUGACUCUGCUUGGGGCUGAAUGUUUCCUGUUGGCUGUCAUGGCUUAUGACCGCUACGUGGCCAUAUGCCACCCUCUGCGAUACACCACCCUCAUGAAUCAGAAGCUGUGUGCACUCAUGAUUGUUGCCUGCUGGAUCCUGGGGUCUGUUGAUGGCAUCAUUGUGCUGGCAGCUGCCUUGUCAUUCUCUUACUGCAGAUCUUUGGAAAUUCAUCACUUUUUCUGUGAUGUUGCUGCCCUUCUACCUUUAUCCUGCACAGACACCUCUUUCUUUGAAAGACUGCUUUUCAUCUGCUGUGUGGUGAUGCUAAUCCUCCCAGUCUCCGUUAUUAUUGUUUCCUAUUCCCAUGUUCUUCGAGCUGUCCUCCGGAUGGGCUCUGGAGAAAGCCGUGGGAAAGCCUUCACCACUUGCUCCUCCCAUCUGGCUGUGGUUGGGCUCUACUAUGGGGCUGCCAUGUUCAUGUACAUGAGGCCAGCCUCGAACCACACCCCCGACCAGGACAAGACGGUGUCAGCCUUCUAUGCCAUCCUCACCCCCAUGCUGAACCCCCUCAUCUACAGCCUCCGAAACAAAGAGGUGUCCAGAGGCCUCAAGAAGCCACUGGGAAAAGGAAAGUUAUGGUAA